CUUCAGUAUAAAUUUUUUUCCAUCGAAUUUCCGAUUGAAACAGGCCGGAUCUCCUCUCCUCGAAUUCAGGCGACCCCAAAAUCAAUCUCCGAUGGCAUUGAGAUUAAUAUCGAUUAAUUUCGUAGCAAUUUUUUUAGUUCUGCUCACCGUCCAAUCAUUACCAUCGACGGCUCUGAUCGCCACCCCGGACCUCAAUCCUCCCUACCCUAAAGCCAUCUCUGAUUUGAAGGAAGCGAUUGUGAAAGGAUUAGGGUUUCAAGCGGAUGAUGUGAAGGUAUCUGGGUUUGAUUUGAGGGACGCGUUGGUGGGACGAUCUGUGGCUUACGAAUUUGAUGUUGAGAUUGAUAAUAAAGUUCUUCCGUUUAAGCUUUUGGAGGAUGUGAAUAGAUGGGAGUAUGUGGAUUUGCCGAUUUUUCGUGUGGAGGAUCCGGUGAGGCCUGGUGAGGAGAAUGGGUUGAUUGAGAGGCAGAAAUUGGAUAGCGGGUUGCCGGUUUUGGCUCCGUUUCAGUUGGCGGGUCCGAUGGAGCUUUGGAUUCAGGAUGCCAAGGACAUGAGGCUUUCACUGCCGCAUGAUGUAGAUGCGGGUGUGCUGAAGAAAAUAAUCUUAGCAGAUGGUGCGGUGGUUACUGUCAAGGGUGCUAGGUCAGUUAGCCUGCGUCAUCCAAUUGAGCUCCCACUUCCCUUGAACCGAACUCAGAAUGGUUUUGCCUCAGGUCUUCUAACUCUUGCAGAUCGUCUACGCCAUGCUUGCCGUGCCCAGGAGGCCCCACUUCUCUCCUUACGUAUUGUUGGUCCUACAUCUCUGGCAUCCCCUACCUCGUCAUCAACGUCUUCAAAUAAUAAGCUCAAGCUUAAGCGCCUUGCUCCAGGCUUAGUGGAGCUGUAUUCAGCGUCAAAAACAAAAUCUGUUGAAGCUGUACCCACUGUUGAUCUUGAAGGAGAAGCAACCGCCCUAUUAACUCCAGACCGAUUCACUGCAUUUUGGCCUCUGGCUUCCAUCAAUGGCUCAAAUUCUAACUUGCUUGGUUUUGAGGCGCUGCUCUCUUCAGUGCUCGGUCCAAAAGCUAAUAAGGAGGGUUCUUUCAAGCUGUUGAAGGCAGAUGUAUCCGCUCAGACUUCUGUGAAGAUUGGUUUUGGGGUGGAGAAGAAGUUGAAAGAAGGAGAUGGAUUUGAUUGGGAGGGAUUUCCAGAAUGGAGGACAAAGCCGGAGAGUAUGAGGAUGCAUUUUGAGGUAUUGGCCAAGGUCGAGGGGGACAAGGUUGUGCCCGAGAGAGUGAUGCAGGUUAAUCCUGUUAUUGUGGAGGAUACAGUGUCGCCGAACAUGCUCCUGGGGAACAUGACUAUGUCUACGACCCCUAUUGUUCAUCCUCCGCCCAAUCCAUUCAUGCUGUGAAUUUUGGUGUGGUUUUGUUGAAGCUGAGCAAAGUGUAAAGUUUUUUUUGUUUCUCUUAAAAAUUGUUACGCAACCAUGUAUAUCAGAUGGUGAAAGAAGUUUUCGCUAUAAAAACUAGUGAAAUGAGAUUAUGAAAAGAGUUUGGUUAGCCUGUGAUGUUCACUAUUCUUUGACAUUGAUUUUUUCCCUUUUUUUUUUUUUCAUGUUUUCU